AGCAAAUAUGGCGCUAGAUUUUGCUGCCACUUAUAAAGUUCUUGUUCUUGGAGAUUCUAAUGUUGGAAAGACCUGCAUUGUUCAUCGAUAUUGUGAUGAACGUUAUUAUGACACCUACAUAUCUACCAUUGGUAUCGAUUUCAAACAAAAAAUCAUCAAUCUUGAUGGGACUCCGAUAAAACUUCAAAUUUGGGACACCGCUGGCCAAGAGAGAUUCAGAACAUUAACAACAGCUUAUUAUCGCGGUGCAAUGGGAAUUCUUUUAAUGUACGACGUCACUAGUCUCGAAAGUUUUAAUCAUCUCUCGUAUUGGCUUCGUAAUAUUCAAGAGAAUGCAUCUCCAGACGUUGUUAAAGUUCUCGCUGCCAAUAAAUGUGAUGCAUCGUUAAAUAGAAUAGUCGAAACAGAAAGGGGACAGAAAAUAGCUGAGAAUUUUGAUAUGCCUUUUUUUGAAGUUUCCUGCAAGGAAAAUGUUAAUAUUGAAGAGGCUUUUCUUACACUGGCGAGAAGAAUACGAGAGCAACGAGGACGAAGGGCAAGUUUAUUCGAGGCUUCUGAGAGAGAGGAUGCCAACAGCAUAAUAAAAGCCCAAUCACCAUCACAACAAAGUGACUCCUGGAAAUGCUCUUGUUAGCCAAAUAAUUGAACAAAAAAAAAUAAUCAUGAAUUUCUAAGGGAGAAUUUCCCUUAAAUUCAAAUUCAUCGAAGCUCACAGAAAGUCAAUCUUAAUUUGAUUGAUUGUGCAAAAGGAAUAGAAAAUUUUUUAUAUUAUUCUCUACAUAAAUGGUGUUUAAAAAAAAAGAAUUCAAAUCGAAAAAAAAAUAUUCUGCACAAAGAAUCAUAUCCGAAAUUCUAAACAACACAAUUUUACAAUCAUCUUUCUAUUAUUAUUUUUUUAUAAGACAAAAUAGAUUUAAAAACACUUUUUAAUAAAAUAUGCAUUAAUUUUUGAGUAUAAAAUUCUCAUGCACAAAGAAAUUGAAAUGUUUCAAUAAAUAAAACAAAGUUUGUAAUUGGAAAAAAAAUUUCGUAAAUAUUACGAAAAUUUUUUUUACGGCUUUUGAUAUUUGCCUUUUUAAGUCGAUAUAAAAAAAUUUGUAUUAAAAUAUUGUCUGAAUUUUUAUAUUGCGGACAGACAAAUUUUUUUACAUGACAGAAGAAAAAAAAAUGUUAUUAGAUGAUUUUUUAAGGCCUAAAAAAUAAAAUGAUAUACAAGCGAUAUUUGAUCUUGGAGGCGCGUCUAAUAUUUACAUUAUUUAUUUCGCCAACUUGGCGAAUAAAUAAUUGUAUAAUCGAAAGACUUCAUCAAGCGCAUUGUGAUUUCCGUCAAGAAUUGAGACUAUUGAGAGAUUUUUAAAUCGUAAUUAAUAUUUUUCAAAAUAUCCAAUUUAUUCCAAUCUUGAGAAAUAAAUUUCACUAAAUCUCUGUUUUUUUUUUGAAAAUUUGACGAAAAAGAAUUGAACAAAAUGGAAUUUUUGGAUAUUUUCAAUGAAAAAUAAACAUCUCUUUAUCGAGGACCAUUCUUUAAUUCUCUAAAAAAUAAGCAGCGUGUAAUUAUAGAAAAUGUUAACACAAUUGUUAAGCGAUAUUUUUUAAAAAACAUAAUUUCAUAUUAUUUUAUUCUAUAAUUUAGAAUUUGAAUAUUUCGGAUUCAAUUUCUUUUCUUUAAAAAUUGAAAAAUUCUGUUUCUAAAUUGAAUUUAUAAAGAAAAAUUUACAGUUUCGUAUUUCGUUGAAAAAUAAUAAAUAAAAAAAACGAGAUGUACAAGUAUUCUAGCAAUGCACUAAUGCAAUGCGCUAGUUUAAGACCACCAAACACAAUAUAUUUAAUUAACGCUUAAGAGGAACGUGCAUUAAUUAAAUUGCACGAUCGCACAACGUAAAUUUCGUAGAUAGCAUUGUUGUUCUCUUAAAAUAAAACAGAAAAAAAAUAGAGUCGCAUUUCGUAUCUUCGUUUAUGCUGGCAGAAACACAAAGCCUUUGCCUUUAUUGUGCCUAUAAACGAAUGUAAAAAAAAAUAUAUUAAGCUGCUUUUUAUAAUUAAUCGUAUCACAUGCAAAAUUUUACGGACAACACGAAUUUAAAUUGGCCUCUCACCAAGAAAAAAAAAACACUUUCUAAACUUUAUGAAAAUUAAUACAAAGCACUAAUUUUCUUUUACCGUUUUUUCUGAUUAGUAUUAUACGUUAGGAUAGAGAUAAAUAGAUGAAUUUUGAUAAGUGUUCAAGUAGAAAUAGAGAACAAGAAUUUAGACUGAUAAUUUAAAAUCCCCCUCCCCCACCUAAAUUUUGUUGCACUCUCCUGUAAUUAAUUCGAAUUGUUAAAUUUAUUAAUUAAUUGUUUAACUAAUUUAGUAGAUUGUUUAGUAUAUUAUUGUUUAUAAUAAUCUCAUUAUGUAUAUUACUGUAGCUAUACAAAGACUUAUGAGUAAUUAAAGUUUUACAUUAAAAA